AUGUCCAAAUCAACAGCCCCGUCGGCGAUGCAUACAAGCAGCUCGGCAUCUCACACGCAGUCGUUCUCCCUACCUCAGCAAAGCGCGUCUACUUCUGGCGAGGGUGGCCUGGAUCUCAAGACAGGGAAGGUGGUCACGUCGUCCCUCGAAGAUCAGUUUAAGGCUGCCUUCAAGUUGGUGGAUUCUUUGCUUCAAGAAGCCGGGGUUGAGAAGGGUAUUGGAGGCGCCUAUAUAAUCAUGGCACUUGUUCUAGACAUGAAGAAUGAGGCCCUUCUGAUGAAGUUCUUUAAGGAAAUAUACCCUGAUUCAAAGCCGACAUUCAUGACUUAUGCGGUUGCCGUGGUGGCCCUGGAAGGAAUGGAAGUUGAACUUCAAGCUGAGGCAUUGGUUCCUUAA